GGCUGGAGGCUUAGUGAAAAAGGGGGAAACGUGCAGUCUAGGAAUGACACCAUCUACCCGGCGUACCCACUGACUGUAUCCCCUCCUCCUGCCUAUAAAAGAACCUGAAGAAUUGGACUGUGUGCACUUCGAUAUUCCAGAGGAUAGCAAUACAACAAUAUUUAACCUCGAAAAACAUUCAACUGAAAAGGCAGUGACCCAAAAGGAGAGCUUUGGGUAACAUUUUUACAAUAACAUUUUUGUUUUAAUUCUUAUAAAUGUUUUAUGUUGGCUUACUGGUGGUCUUGAGUGGCUGCCUGGCCCUGGGGGCAGGCUACAGGAAAACUACAGACCCAACAGCUGCUAAGAGACAGUACCAGAUCCAAAAUGGCCCGUGCAGCUACACCUUCCUGCUGCCUGAACAGGACAACUGCAAGACCCCAAGCAGCACCUACACCAACCUGGUCCAGAAGGACGAUCCGGCAGAGUAUGAUGAGUCGGUCCAGAGGCUAGAGCAGCUGGAGAACAUCAUUGAGAACAACACACAGUGGCUCCUCAAGCUGGAGAACUACAUACAGGAAAACAUGAAACAGGAGAUGUUCCAGAUCCAGCAGAAUGCAGUGCACAACCACACGGCAGCCAUGAUAGAGUUUGGAACUAACCUGCUGAGUCAGACCGUUGAACAAACACGGAAGCUGACUAACGUAGAGGCGCAGGUAAUAAAUCAUACAACUCGGCUCGAACGUCAGCUUCUUGAGAACUCUCUAUCAACGAGUAAGUUGGAAAAACAGCUCAUUUUCCAAACAAAUGAAAUAACCAAGCUGAAUGACAAAAACAGCUACCUGGAGAAGAGGGUGGGGGAGAUGGAGGAGCAGAGGCAGGUGGAGCUGAAGACGCUGAAGGAGGAGAAGGAGCAGCUCUCUACACUGGUACUGAGACAGACGGCUGUCAUCGAGGAGCUGGAACAACAGCUGCUGCGGGCCACCACCAAUAACUCUGCCCUGCAGCGGCAGCAACAGGAGCUGCUUGAGACCGUCAACAACCUCAUCUACACAAUCUCUAUCCCCACAGGUGGAGGGAACAAGCCUACCAUGAUGCAGGACACACCAACCACAUACCCAGACUGUGCUGCUGUCUACAAGUCAGGAAACACAGACAGUGGAGUCUACUCACUGACCCUUCCCAAUGCUACACAGGAGAUUAAGGCUUACUGUGACAUGGAGACAGAGGGGGGUGGAUGGACAGUACUACAAAAACGAUUUGAUGGCCGUGUUGACUUUCACCGUACGUGGAAAGAGUACAAAAUGGGCUUUGGAAACCCUUCAGGUGAAUACUGGUUGGGAAAUGAGUUUGUUUCGAUACUGACCAAUCAGCACCCAUACGUCUUGAGAAUACAGAUGAUGGAUUGGGAGGAAAACGCAGGAUUCUCACUAUAUGACCAGUUCUCUCUAGGCAGUGAAGCAGAAAACUACAGAAUACACCUUAAAGGCUACAGUGGCACAGCAGGCAAAAUUAGUAGCCUUGGUCAGCCGGGAAGUGAUUUCAGCACAAAAGAUGCAGACAAUGACAAAUGUGUUUGCAAAUGCUCACAACUGACAACAGGAGGCUGGUGGUUUGACGCCUGCGGCCCCUCCAACUUGAACGGAAUAUUUUUCCAGCAGGGCCAGAACUCAAAUCGAUUCAAUGGAAUCAAAUGGUACUACUGGAAAGGCUCAGGCUACUCACUGAAGUCCACCACAAUGAUGAUCAGACCAGUAGACUUCUGAGGCUGUGACAGAGACAUGCCUCUCACAGACAUGCAUAGAAUGGAGAGCAGAGCUCUGUCACUCUGGGAAACAACUACACAGACAAACAAAAAGACCAAACAGACCAAAGUGCUCCAUAACAGCAACCUCAUCACUUCCGAACAUUCCACAAGGGAAGGAACAAUUUGCUUUGCUCCAACAAGUCACUUUUUUUUUUUUUUUUAUUAACUUUUGUACAAAAUGGACAGGUGAAGACUAGCAGAAAAGUCUAUGAAAUAUCUAUACUCAGAAAUAUAUGGGCUUUGGACUGCAUAACCAACCAGGACAAGGCAGUCAAAAGAUGACCAGUUGGAAAUCUUGUAUUUAUAGCAAACUGGAACUGUGGUAGAGAUAACAGUAUUGUUUUCUAUUAAUAAGCAAUACUAGGGGAAAUGUCAGUGUGUAACACAUUGCAAGGUUGACAAAGUUAAUUUUGUAAUAACGAUAUUUCACCCCAUUAAUAUUUGAUACAAUGAAUUGGAAAAUAAGUUAAAUUUAUAAUGUAAAAUAAAAAUGUAACAAUAGCCCUAAUUUUAAAAGCAAAGAAAACUAGGGUACAAAGCACAAAGCACAAUACUUCAUACAUAUCAAAUAUGAACAUAAUGCAAAAAGGCAAUCUGUAAUGAAUCUACAUCUUUUCUUCCUUACAGAAAUUGUACAUACUCCGUGCCUUCAGAAAGUACUCAUACCUCCCUGGUCUUUGUGGUUGAAUGUGUUUGAAAUUCACUGCUCAACUGAGUGUCCUUACAGAUAAUUGUAUGA